AUGCCUGCGCAGAGAAAACUUAAAGAGAUACAGGAGCAAAUGCAUUUGGCACCACUGAAAUUGAGACAAGACGUGUGCACUAGAUGGAACUCUACGUACGAUAUGCUCAACCAGUUCCUGAAGAUAAAAGAAGCUCUUAUUGCUUCAAUAGCAAUCAUGAGAGCCGAAUUGGCCCUGACGCCCAACGACUGGAUGAUUAUUGAAAAAUCCCUACUGAUCUUGUUCAUCUUCUACGAGGUGACUAAUGAGGUUAGUACUGAAAACUACGUGUCCGCAUCCAAAUAUAUAGUGCUGUGCAAAAUAAUGUACGUACAAAUUCAAAAGUUUACGAAUGAAACCGUGGAAACCAUUAAAGGUCUUGUUUCUUUUUUUAAAACAGAACUUAUGCAUUGUUUCGGUGAUAUAGAAAAGAACAUGUUGCUUAGGGAAGCCACAAUACUGGACCCACGCUUCAAAAAAUCUGGUUUCAGGGAUAUAAGAAACUUCAAAGCGGCGGCAGCCGAUUUAAAAUUAAAAAUUGGGAGGAUAGUUCUUUCAGACGAACGCCCACUGCAACCAGCAGAGCCUGUCGAACCAACACCAGGUUGCUCAAAAGUAAGCUCACUUUGGAAACAGUUUGAUGAAGAAGUGGCACGCCAGGUACCCGAAAAUCCGGUUGCUGCGGGUAUAGUAGAAUUCGACAAGUAUAUGAAUGAGCCGCAAAUCAACCGACACUGCGAUCCAUUAUUAUGGUGGAAAGAACGGAAAGCCUUCCCACGCCUUCACUCACACAUGCUAAAAAGACUGAAUAUAACAGCGACAUCCGUACCAUGUGAGCGGGUCUUUUCAAAAGCAUGGUUAACACUUAACGAUAGAAGAACGCGCUUAACUACAAAAAAGUUAACGCAGUUAAUGUUUAUAAGCUGCAACUGA